CAAUGUUAGUGUUCUUCCUCCAGCAGCGUGCAAGCUAGCCCCAUAGGUUAGCCUGUGCAUGUAUGAAGGUUCAGCCUAAUUCAGAAGUACAGACCGUGUUUACUCAUAUUUUGGCGAUAGUUUCAUAUUCAGCGGCAUCAUGAGCACUCUAUGGAUGGGCAACCUGGAGACGUACAUGGAUGAGAAGUUUGUCAUCAGAGCAUUCUCUACCAUGGGUGAGCAGGUGGUCAGCGUGCGGAUCAUACGUCACAAGAUGACAGGUGUGCCGUCACCCAGGGGGGCUCUGGGGUACUGCUUCGUGGAGAUGACAGAUGAGGCCACAGCAGAGAGGUGUCUACGAAAAAUCAAUGGGAAAGCUUUACCAGGGGCCAAUCCGCCAACAAGGUUCAAGUUAAACCGAGCCACAUUUGGGAAACAAGACAGCGGUCAGAUGUACUCUCUGUUUGUGGGAGAUCUUACUACAGAGGUGGAUGAUGGGAUGCUCUAUGAGUUCUUCUACAACCGCUACCCAUCCUGUCGAGGAGGCAAAGUGGUGCUGGACAGCAUGGGCAACUCCAAGGGUUGUGGAUUCGUUCAGUUCCCUGACGAGCGGCUGCAGAAGCGAGCGUUGGAGGAGUGUCAGGGUGCAACAGGUCUGGGAGGGAAACCUCUGAGGCUCAGUCUUGCUGCCAACAAUUUAAGGAACCGCCAGCAGCAGUCAGAAAACAAAUCGUGGUCGUCCAGCUCUUCAUACAACUAUGACCAGUACAACCAGUACAACCAAUAUAACCAGUACAGCCAAUACCAACAGGCCUACCCCGGAUACUACAGCUCCUGGGGAUAUGACCAGAACGGCUACGGCUACAACUACCCACAGUACGAUUAUACACAGUAUCCGCCACCAACGGAAACUGAAACUGAAGCUGAAGCUGAAGCUGUGCAGGAUGACGGACUUGAAGAUCCUAGCCCAGAGCUGGAUGUCCUGGAGGCAAACAGGCAGUUCAUGGAGCACAGUGAGGAGCUGUAUGACGCCCUCAUUGACUGUCACUGGCAGCCACCUGAGUUUUCAGCAGAGCAGGACUUUCUAGCCUCCAGUUUGCCUGAGGCCAUCGUUUGCUGAGGACGAGGUUAUCAGACUUUGAAAUCACAGACAGAUGAUCAGCUGACGGCAGUGUUUGCUGGAUGGAUUAUUUUUGUAAGGACGCUCACGAAGAACGUUACAGCGAUGGAUUUAACCCUGCUGAAACAUCAAAUAGUAUUUAUGGUUUAUUCAAGGAUGUUUGAUUUCUCAACACUUUUCAGCACCUACACCUUUUAAUGAAACCAUCUCUGAUUUAGUUUGGAUAUGGACAGAAGCUUUAAAAAAGGUGGAUCUGCAGUCUGAUUUUUUAACCACAAGAGAAAGUGCUGACUUAAUUCCACAUAUAUGUCAGCAAAGUCUCAGUGUUUCAGAUGUAUUUCUGCAAUUUCAGCAGUGCUCAAGUGAUUCCCUGUAAUUUUGGUAAUAAAAAACAAGAAAUGAUCAAA